GUGCCCGCAACCGGGGCAGCCGUGCCUCCUUCUCCGCCGCUAUGGGCCGCGGGGCCGCCCCGCUCCGCCGUUUGCUGUUAUCGUUGCUACUUCUACCUACCGCGGGGACGGGCGGACGGGGAGCCGCCUUAACGGUGGGGGAACCGGAGACGGCGGAGGAGCUGAUGGAGUACCGCGACCCUUGCAAAGCCGCUGCCUUUUGGGGAGAUAUCGCUUUAGAUGAAGAUGAUCUGAAGCUGUUUCAAAUAGACAGAACUGUUGACUUAACGCAGCACUCAGAUGGAAACGCAAGACACACUUCAGGAGGCCUGGGAGAACAUUCUCUUGUGUCAAGUGAGAACGCCACUUCAACUGAUCGUAGUAACAAAGCAGUUAAAAAGGACGGCAGGCAGGACACAACGCUUGUGAGGGGACCGAAGAGGAAGGACUAUAAAGAUGAGUCUGGGAUGGAUACACACUCCUCUCCCAGAGUGCGCAGGGCAACCACAUCCAGGGCUGAAAGGAUCUGGCCAGGGGGUGUCAUCCCCUAUGUGAUCGGAGGAAAUUUCACUGGAACCCAAAGAGCUAUCUUUAAGCAAGCAAUGAGGCACUGGGAGAAGCACACUUGUGUGACAUUUGUGGAGAGAACUGAUGAAGAGAGUUUCAUUGUGUUCACAUACAGAACGUGUGGAUGUUGUUCAUACGUGGGUCGCCGAGGAGGGGGCCCUCAGGCUAUAUCCAUUGGAAAGAACUGUGACAAGUUUGGUAUUGUGGCUCAUGAGCUGGGUCACGUGGUGGGUUUCUGGCAUGAGCACACACGGCCUGACAGGGAUCAGCAUGUCACAAUCAUCAGAGAAAACAUACAGCAAGGUCAGGAGUACAACUUUUUAAAGAUGGAAGCUGGGGAAGUGAACUCACUGGGAGAGACCUAUGACUUCGACAGCAUCAUGCACUAUGCUAGGAAUACAUUCUCCAGCCUGGAGAUCUGCAUAAAACAUUUCACUGGCCACAGAGGUAUGUCCCUGCCAAAUGCCGAGUUCUUCUGUGAACUCCUGAAGAGGCUUGAAAACCUACUAGGGGUUUUCCUCGACACCAUCCUUCCCCGUCGUGAUGAUAACGGGGUCCGGCCAACUAUUGGUCAGCGUAUUCGCCUGAGUCAGGGGGACAUCGCUCAGGCGAGGAAGUUGUACAAAUGCCCAGCUUGUGGAGAGACCUUGCAGGACUCAACAGGGAAUUUCUCAGCCCCUGGCUUUCCAAAUGGCUACCCCUCCUAUUCCCACUGUGUCUGGAGGAUCUCGGUGACCCCAGGGGAGAAGAUUAUGUUAAACUUCACGUCAAUGGACCUAUUUAAAAGUCGCCUUUGCUGGUAUGAUUAUGUGGAGGUGCGUGAUGGCUACUGGAGGAAGGCUCCAUUACUGGGUAGAUUUUGUGGUGACAAGAUCCCUGAACCAGUAAUCUCCACGGACAGCAGGCUGUGGAUCGAGUUCCGGAGCAGCAGUAACAUCCUGGGCAAAGGCUUCUUUGUGGUCUAUGAAGCUAUUUGUGGUGGAGAAAUUCACAAAGAUGCUGGCCAGAUCCAAUCUCCCAACUACCCAGAUGACUACAGACCUUCCAAAGAGUGUAUCUGGAAGAUCACAGUUUCUGAGGGCUUUCACAUAGGUAUCACGUUCCAAGCCUUUGAGGUUGAAUGGCAUGACACAUGUUCUUAUGACUACCUGGAGAUCCGAGAUGGCCUCACUGAAUACAGCCCACUGAUUGGUCACUUCUGUGGCUAUGAGAAGCCAGAAGAUAUCAAAUCCAGUUCAAAUAAAGUAUGGAUGAAGUUUGCAUCUGAUGCAACCAUCAAUAAAGCAGGCUUUGCAGCAAAUUUCUUUAAAGAGAUGGAUGAAUGUUCUCUGCCAGACAAUGGUGGGUGUGAGCAGCACUGUGAGAACACACUGGGCAGUUACAAAUGCACCUGCGAGCCUGGCUAUGAGUUGACAGCUGAUAAAAAGAGCUGUGAAGCUGCCUGUGGGGGCUUCAUCACCAAGCUCAAUGGGACCAUUACUAGCCCUGGAUGGCCCAAGGAAUAUCCUACUAACAAAAACUGCGUCUGGCAGGUGGUAGCUCCAGCCCAGUACCGGAUCUCUCUGCAGUUCGAAGUGUUUGAGCUGGAAGGCAAUGAUGUCUGUAAAUAUGACUAUGUUGAGGUUCGUAGUGGAUUGGCUUCUGACUCCAAGCUGCAUGGCAAAUUCUGUGGCUCAGAGAAUCCCGAAGUAAUCACAUCGUAUGGCAACAACAUGAGACUGGAGUUCAAAUCAGACAACACAGUCUCCAAGAAAGGCUUUAAAGUUCAUUACUUCUCUGACAAGGAUGAAUGUUCCAAAGACAAUGGUGGUUGCCAGCACGAAUGUAUCAACACCUUUGGGAGCUACGUAUGCCAGUGCAGAAACGGCUUCAUGCUGCAUGAAAACAGCCAUGAUUGUAAAGAAGCUGGUUGUGAGCACAAGCUGAGUGGUGCGGAGGGAACGAUGAGCAGUCCAAACUGGCCUGACAAGUACCCCAGCCGGAAAGAGUGCACCUGGGACAUCUCUGCAACGCCUGGCCACCGAGUGAAAGUAACCUUCAAUGAGUUUGAGAUUGAACAGCACCAAGAAUGCGCCUAUGACCACUUGGAAGUGUAUGAUGGGCCCAACAGCAAGUCACCUAUCCUUGGCCGCUUCUGUGGCAGCAAGAAACCAGACCCUGUAGUGGCCUCUACCAACAAGAUGUUCCUCAGGUUUUACUCUGAUGCUUCUGUGCAAAGAAAAGGUUUCCAGGCAAAGCACAGCACAGAGUGUGGUGGGCUCUUAAAGGCUGAAGUACGAACUAAGGAGCUGUAUUCCCAUGCUCAGUUUGGGGACAACAACUACCCAGGUCAAGUGAACUGUGAAUGGGUGAUUGUAGCUGAAGAUGGUUACGGGGUGGAGCUGAUAUUCCAGACAUUUGAGAUUGAGGAGGAGGCCGACUGUGGGUACGACUACAUGGAGAUUUAUGAUGGUUACGACAGCACUGCACCCCGCCUGGGACGCUUCUGUGGCUCAGGGCCUCUGGAAGAAAUCUACUCUGCAGGGGAUUCCAUCAUGAUUCGAUUCCACACAGACGACACCAUCAACAAGAAAGGCUUUCAUGCCCGAUACAUAAGUACCAAAUUUCAGGAUGCAUUGCACAUGAGAAAAUAGUUUGACUACUCCUCACAGACAUUCCCAUCUGAAGAUUGAGACUUUUAACUGUGAUCUUUGUCUGCUUUUUUGGGGUUUUUUUUUGUUUUUUUUUUUUUAAGCUUCUGUGCACCUGGACAAAAGCAGUGUACAGUAUUUUCAGUAACUAAAACUAAAUCCAGUCUCAAAGGUUUGCCUCUGAAA